GGAAAAGAAUUGCGGAUAAAUGACGAAAAUUAAAAAAAAAAAAAACAGGAUGCUUCUUCUGUACCAAGAACAUAAAGAUGCUAUCAUCGACCAUUUCUUCCCUAAAUUUUCCAGCAAGAACCAAACUCUCCUCACCAAACCCUGCAAUUUUUCCUCAAAACUACAAUCUUGUACCUUUCUGUACUGAAAAUAUGGCUUCUUCUCCAUUUUCUGGAGGGUUAAUUAACUCCAGGGUUGAUUCACCAAUUGCAAUAUGCUGUAAAAAUGCUUCAGUAGAUUCUGCAAAUAGUGGGUUUUCAACACUGAUGGAGUACAUGGGUAAAGGAGGGGUUGAUGUGGGUGAUGACUUGGUGUUAUUGUUUGGUCACUUAGAAUAUGCCUCCAAGAAAAUUGCUGCUCUUGUUGCUUCCCCUUUCAAUUCCAGCCUCAACAACAAUGUUGCCAUUGGAAAUACUGGGAUUUCUUCUGAUAGAGAUAAGCCCAAGCCUCUUGAUAUUGUUUCGAACGAGAUUAUAUUGUCGUCUCUUAGAAAUUCGGGAAAAGUUGCUGUAAUGGCCUCAGAAGAAGAUGAGUGUCCUGUGUGGAUAACUGAUGAUGGCCCGUUUGUGGUUGUCGUGGAUCCUUUAGAUGGUUCCCGAAAUAUAGAUGCCUCAAUACCCACUGGGACGAUAUUUGGGAUUUACAGACGUCUUGUGGAAAUUGAUCAUUUGCCGGUGGAGGAAAAGGCUUUACUAAACUGCCUUCAGAGUGGAUCAAAGCUUGUUGCUGCAGCUUAUGUUCUCUAUUCGUCAGCCACAAUACUCUGUGCUAGUUUUGGUUCUGGAACACAUGCAUUCACAUUGGAUCAUACAACCGGAGAUUUCCUCAUGACACAUCCUAACAUCAACAUUCCUCCUCGAGGGCAAAUAUAUUCAGUUAAUGAUGCUCGGUAUUUUGACUGGCCUGAAGGAUUAAGGCAGUAUAUUGACACCAUAAGGCAAGGGAAAGGACAACAUCCUAAGAAGUACUCAGCCAGGUAUAUAUGUUCUCUAGUGGCAGAUUUUCAUCGGACUCUAUUAUAUGGUGGGGUAGCAAUGAAUCCAAGGAACCACCUUCGGCUUGUUUAUGAAGCAAAUCCCUUGAGUUUCCUAGUGGAAAAGGCUGGAGGUAGAGGUUCAGAUGGUAAAAAUCGAAUUUUAUCUAUUCAGCCUGUCAAGCUACACCAAAGACUUCCUCUAUUUUUGGGUAGUUGGGAGGAUAUAGAAGAAUUACAGAGUUAUGGGGAUGUUCAGCAGAAAGUAAACCCUGGUUACGAUGUUUAAUGCCCUUGUCCUCUUUCAUGCAGUUUGGACUUGUUCUUGUUCAGCUCAUGAUCUCUCUUUCACAUGUAAUUUUUUCUCUUGUUAGCUAGUAAAUAUGCUCUUCACUAGAAUAAACAUGUGACUUGAAUAUUGUCACAUGAUGAACUUCAUGUAUCUUUAGAGCACCUUAAAUUUUGUUUGAAUUAAAAAAUUUAACAUAUGCUAAA